AUGUGCAUUCAAAGGCUAAGAUAUGCACAAGAAAAGCAGCAAGCAAUUGCAAAGCAGUCUCGAAGACAGGUCGCACAACUGCUGCUGACAAAUAAAGAACAAAAAGCACACUACCGCGUAGAAACGCUGAUUCACGAUGAUAUUCAUAUUGAGCUAUUAGAGAUAUUGGAACUAUACUGUGAGUUACUGCUGGCUAGGGUGCAGGUUAUAAAUGAUAUCUCCACCGAAGAACAACUUGUCAAGGAACACAUGGAAGAUGGUAUCAACGAGGCCCUUAGGUCCUUGAUUUAUUCGAUCCUUUUCGUUGAUGAGGUCAAAGAACUAAGCCAGUUGAAGGAUUUAAUGUCCUGGAAACUAAAUGUCGAGUUUGUAAAUGGAAUUAUAACAGAUCAUAUCGACGUUCCUGACAAAAUUAUACAAAAAUGCUCCCCUUCCGUUCCAAAGGAGGACUUAGUCGACUUAUAUUUGAAGGAAAUCGCAAAAACGUAUGACGUGCCUUACAGUAAACUAGACAAUUCUUCGUCUUCAUCCUCUUCUAGUAUUUCUUCGAACUCAAAUGACUCCUCAAAAUACGUCAAGGAUACUGACGGAGGAGAGCCUAUUUUAACUUUAAGUAAUGAUGAUAAUGACACCGCAGAUGCUAAACACCCUAUCACUGUUAAAAAACCCAGGCAGAAUAGCGAAAAUAUAAACAAUGAACUUAAGAUUCCAAAGGAUAUAAAGAAGGAAGUUAUCGACAAGAAGCAAUCCGAAAAGAAAAUCACAAGAAGGAAGACUAAAAAAGAACAAGAAAGUGAUGAAUUGGACGAAUUAAAGAAACGCUUCGACGCUUUACGUAGAAAAUAA